GUUACCUCAAUGUUAACCUAUUUCACAGGAGUGGCAUAACGUGUUUAAGUAGUUUCUUUACUGUACAUUUCGGCGGAUGGUAACGAAGUCGUAAUCGAAAUCGUAAACAUGAAACCACUUAUGCUUCAUGGACACGAACGUCCAAUCACACAAAUCAAAUACAACAGAGAGGGAGAUCUUCUUUUCUCCGCUGCCAAGGAUACAGCCCCGAAUGUCUGGUACUCUCUCAACGGAGAGCGUCUUGGUACGUUUCAAGGACAUUCUGGUGCAGUGUGGUGCUUAGAUGUGGAUUGGGACACAGAUAAACUUGUUACCGGAGCUGGUGACAAUAUGUUAAAAAUAUGGGACUGUUCGAAUGGUAAGGAAAUGACAAAUGUUGAAGCAAAGUCUACCGUGAGGACAUGCGUUUUUAGCUAUUGCGGUAAUUUGGUCGCAUUUUCUACUGAUACCCAAAGGAAACAGAUAUGUGAAAUUGUAUUAAUUGACGUAAGGACAGCCGAUUCACAAGGUGCAGAACCAAUACUUUCCAUACCUGUACCUGAUUCCAAAGUAACCGCACUUCAAUGGGGAUCUUUGAAUGAAAAAAUCGUAACAGGCCAUGAGAAUGGGAAAAUAACACAGUGGGAUAUCAGGAUGGAAAAAUUGACUAACCAAAUUGAUGGUCACAAUGGCCCAAUUAAUGAUAUGCAGAUGUACAGGGAUGGAAUGAUGUUUGUAACAGCGUCAAGUGACCAUACAGCUAAAUUAUUUGAUACGGAGGAAUUAACUCAUUUGAAAACCUACCACACAGAGAGGCCUGUGAAUAGCGCUUCACUGUCUCCUUUAUACGAACACGUGGUUCUUGGUGGUGGUCAAGAAGCCUCUCUUGUUACGACAACGUCGACAAGGAUCGGUAAAUUUGAUGCCAGGUUUUUCCAUGUAGUUUUCGAGGAAGAGUUUGGGCGCGUCAAAGGACAUUUCGGUCCAAUCAACAGUUUAGCAUUCCAUCCUGAUGGCCGGAGCUACGCCAGUGGAGGAGAAGACGGUUACGUCCGAUUACAGAGCUUCGAUCAAUCGUAUUUUGAUUACAAUUUUGAUUUUUAAAUAAUUAUUUCGUUUAUAUUGGCAAUACAUGGUGUUUAUUGUA